CGUGCGUCUGUCAACAUGAGUGGGCGCUGCUGAGAGGAGAGUCGGGGAACUCUGAUGGAUCAAGUCUUGACCUGUUACCUGCGUUAAACUCAGUCUCCUCGGACCGAAAGUGGAAGGGCGCUUGCUUCGUUUGACUUGAGCAGGUUUGCACGUGGGACUUUCCGUGUCCUCGUCCGGGUAGUUUGUUUUCUGUGUGUUAGCGCUUGUGUGUUAGCUUUGAGGCUAGGUGGUCCACGUCAGGACACCCGCAUCCCUGCUCUUCUCUUCGGGUGUUUUGCCGGAGAGAAUUCCCCUCUUUGUUUGUUGACACUGACGCUGCAAAAGUAGUUCAGCAAGAAGAACAACCGGACCUUUAAUUACGAGUCGUAUUCAGCCGCUGCGUCUCCUCGUUAGCUUCUUCUCCAGGCUGGGAAUGUAUUUUUCCUCCACCGAAGCUUUUCAUUUUUAAUGUGAAGAAGUGAGUUGUAACUUCGAGACACAGUCUGGAGGACAUGGUGGCCACGCUGGUGUCGGUAUCUGGAGCAGGAGAAUGACAUUAGUGAGGAGAGGAUGCCACCAUCUUUCUAGUGCAUCGAUUAGCUGACCACCGAGGAGAGGACUCCGGACCAUUCAGCGAAGAACACGGUUCCUCUAGCUUCAAUGGCUCUCAACGCGGUGUCCCAGCCCGGGGAGUCGGCGCUCACGGCUCCAGGAGGGUCCCUGACCAACACGUCGUCGCCCUCCAGCCCCUCGCCAGGGACGGACAAUAGAGGCUGCCAGAAUGGAGCUCUGAUGGACUCGUUCGGGAUCUUCCUGCAGGGACUCCUGGCCAUGAUGGCCUUCAGCAUUCUCAUGUUGAAACGCUUCAGGGAGCCCAAACAUGAGAGGAGACCCUGGAGAAUCUGGUUCCUGGACACGUCCAAGCAGGCCAUCGGGAUGCUCUUCAUCCACUUCGCUAACGUCUACCUGUCCGACCUCACGGAGGAGGAUCCCUGCUCGCUAUACCUCAUAAACUUCCUCCUGGACGCUUCACUGGGCAUGUUGUUCAUCUACGCUGGAGUGCGAGCCGUCAGCGCCGUUGUCGAGUGGCGGCAGUGGGACUCUCUUCGCUUUGGAGAAUACGGGGAGCCGGUGCAGUGUACGGCCUGGCUGGGUCAGUGCAUCCUCUACAUCCUCAUCAUGAUGUUUGAGAAGAUCCUCAUCAUGUUGGUUCUUCUCAUCCCUCAGUGGAAGAAGCUGGCUCUCCUCAACCCCAUUCACAACGCUGCCCUGGAGCUUGCCAUCGUCAUGCUCAUUGUCCCGUUCUUCGUCAACGCCCUCAUGUUUUGGGUGGUAGACAACUUCCUCAUGAAAAAGCACAGAACAAAAGCAAAGCAGGAGGAGAGAGAGGAGGACUCCAGGGGGAACAGCAAGGUCCGCUACAGACGAGCGCUGUCCCACGACGACUCGGAGUCAGAGAUCUUGUUCUCAGCAGACGACGAGAUGGAUGAGUCGGACGAGGACGACGUCCGGAGGCUCACUGGUGCGAAGACGGUGAAGAAGAAGAAGCACCGUAUGGGAAUUCCACCAGGCGAGGUGAAGAAGAAGAAGCGACCGCCGAUGAAGGAGGAGGACCUGAAGGGCGCACGUAGCAAACUGGGCCUGAAGGGCGAGGUCAAGAGCAAGACCUAUGAGGUCAUGGCGGAGUGCGAGCGAGCGGGGAAAGUGGCUCCGUCUGUGUUCAGCGGGGUGAGGACGGGGACGGAGACGUGCCUGGAGAAGCCUGCAGCCAAACCUGCAGGGGGCAGCGUGUUCGGCAAGUAGGACCAUCUGGAAUCCGCCGACACAGAGGCCGCCUUGUUUGCAGUGGCCGCCCCGUCCUGCUCUUACACAACUCAGAGUUCAUGAAUGUUGCUGAUGUUUUUUAUACCCGAUUUUAAUAAAUAAUCAAGCGUG